AUGGCUGUUCGCGGGACAUUAAUGUGUGGACAGAAACCACUCGCCGGAGCGACAAUUAUUCUCAAUGAACAGGAUUCCGGCCCGGAAUUCGACGACAAAAUGGCCGAGGUGAAGACGAAUCCGAAGGGGGAAUUCCGCAUUAAUGGAAGCGAGGUGGAAUUUACGGCAAUUGAGCCGAGGAUUACCGUACUGCACAAAUGCAAUUAUCGAUGGAUUUGCAAGCGCGAGACGACGUUCAUUAUCCCGAGAAAAUAUAUUAAUCACGGACGGAAGAUCACAAAAUGGUUCGAGCUGGGCACGGUGAAUAUGGAGACACAAUUCCCCGGGGAGGACCACAAUUGUUUCCGUAUUUUUAAAAUCGUCUCCCGCACACGAAGGAAAAUUCUAAAAAUGCAACUCGGAGUCGGGGAGAUCAUCCUUGUCAUCAUCUCCAUCGUGUUCACCGUUGCGAAAUUCUACGGAUUAAUUCAGGCAGCAAUUGUUAGCUGUAUUCUGGUUGUGGCAUAUUUAUGGUGGCUACACGACAACAAGCAAUUCUGGCGUCGUCGCGGAAUUCCGGGUCCUCCACCCUCACUUUUCUUCGGAAAUGCCCUCGAAUUCUUCGAUGGCCUGCACGCGUUGGAUGAGAGAAGACAACGGUUGUAUGGCAAUAUUUAUGGAAGUUUCCUGUUCAACGUCCCCGAGCUGACCUCAACAAAGCUGGAUCUUCUGCGCGAGGUGCUCGUCAAGAAAUUCGACUGCUUUUCAGACCGAAUUAGCAUUCUCAAUAAUGAUCCAGACGAUCCCCAUUCCCUGCUAGCCAAUUCUCUCGUCACACUCAAAGGGGAUGUGUGGAGCUCAGUGCGAAACACGGUGGCCCCGGCAUUCAGCACCGGGAAGAUUCGGCAGAUGAUCCCCCUCUUAAAUGUCUGCUCCCGAACCUGUGUCGGCAUUUUCGAAGGCUACGCAAGACGAAGGGAAAAGAUCCCGAUUCGAGACACGAUGGUGCGCCUAAUGCUGGACAUGACAUCCAGGGCGGCGUUUGGAAGGGAUUUCAACGUCCAAUUCGACGCGACCUCGGCCUUCAUGCAGUACGCCAAGAAAUACUCGGAAUUCGACUUUCGGUCGCCGCGUAUCGUGGCAAUCACCUUAUUCCCGACACUUUGCUGGCUGCUGAAAAGGGUGACCGGCUACUCGAUCCUCAACAACGACACCAACAAGUAUUUCGUGCAAAUCCUUGACCAUCUAUAUGACAGCAGAUUGGAUAACACGGAGCAAUAUGAAUACAAAGACUUCUUCCAAUUGAUGCUCGCCUCGAUGAAAGAAGACAAGAAUUCGCAGCGAGAGAUCGAUCACGAGAUCGAGUUCGACCUUUCUGCCCUCAAAACCGACCGCAAAAUCCUGAAACAACACGUUUUCGGGCAGGCGUUCAUGUUCAUCUUGGCGGGCUUCGAGACGGGCCCGAUCAACCUCCACCUAACCAUCUACAUGCUGGCCAUGCACCCGGAAUGGCAACAAAGAGUCAGGGAGGAGAUUCGACGACUUGUUGGAGAGAAAGAACCGGACUACACGACACUCGGCCAGCUGCCCACCCUCGAGCAGUGCAUCCAGGAAACGCAGCGGCUCUUCCCGUCCGUCGUUCGUUACCCU